ACAAAGUCCGUCAAAAAGUGAUAGGGAUGGUUUGUAUUGGUAACUAGGAGUGAAGAAUAUGGAAAGGAAUGGCCCAAAUAUGGAAUGUUAUACCUUGUAGAUGGCAACUGAUCACAUUGUCCUUGGAUCUAAUUUCAUCCAACAAACGGAGCUGUCAAAACCAUGUACCCCUGCCCCACCCGAAAUUUAUUCAGUUUACUUUCAGAGCUCGUCUGGAGCAGAACUCGUCUCAGUACGAAAAAUCUAAAAAUUUCCCAAUUAUUUUCUAAUUGUGAGCUAAAAAUUUUACAAGCAAAACAAAAAAGAAAAACUAAACAGAAAUCGCUUUUUCGGUACUCGACCAACGCGUGAUGGGCAACGGCACGACCAAGAAGAUAGCCAAGCGCUUGGCCGCCCACAGCAUGUGUGUGCGGCUUGCCCGGCCCUUUACGGCCAUGGGUGCAGGACGCUCGAAGGAGUCGGCCAAGAAUGCGGCGGACCGUGCGGUCAUCGACGAGCUGAGCGGCGCGCAGCUGCCGGAAUCGCCUAGCAGCUCCGCUGGUCCGUCAGUGACUGGCGGAGGAGAUGCCGGCGAGGAGACCGUCGGUAAUCCUAUUGGCAGGCUACAAGAAUUGUGUGUGCAACUGCGGUGGCCACCACCGUCGUAUGAAGCGGAAGUGGGUCUGCCCCACGAGCGGGUCUUCACGAUCGCUUGUUCGGUACUCCACCACCGCGUGAUGGGCAAGGGCACGACCAAGAAGAUAGCCAAGCGCUUGGCCGCCCACAGCAUGUGUGUGCGGCUUGCCCGGCCCUUUACGGCCAUGGGUGCAGGACGCUCGAAGGAGUCGGCCAAGAAUGCGGCGGACCGUGCGGUCAUCGACAAGCUGAGCUGCACGCAGAUACCGGAAUCGCCUAGCACCUCCGCAGGUCCGUCAGUGACUGGCGGAGGAGACGGCAUUGCUAAUGCCACGGGCGGAGGAGAUGCCGGCGAGGAGACCGUCGGUAAUCCUAUUGGCAGGCUACAAGAAUUGUGUGUGCAACUGCGGUGGCCACCACCGUCGUAUGAAGCGGAAGUGGGUCUGCCCCACGAGCGGGUCUUCACGAUCGCUUGUUCGGUACUCCACCACCGCGUGAUGGGCAAGGGCACGACCAAGAAGAUAGCCAAGCGCUUGGCCGCCCACAGCAUGUGUGUGCGGCUUGCCCGGCCCUUUACGGCCAUGGGUGCAGGACGCUCGAAGGAGUCGGCCAAGAAUGCGGCGGACCGUGCGGUCAUCGACGAGCUGAGCGGCGCGCAGCUGCCGGAAUCGCCUAGCAGCUCCGCUGGUCCGUCAGUGACUGGCGGAGGAGAUGCCGGCGAGGAGACCGUCGGUAAUCCUAUUGGCAGGCUACAAGAAUUGUGUGUGCAACUGCGGUGGCCACCACCGUCGUAUGAAGCGGAAGUGGGUCUGCCCCACGAGCGGGUCUUCACGAUCGCUUGUUCGGUACUCCACCACCGCGUGAUGGGCAAGGGCACGACCAAGAAGAUAGCCAAGCGCUUGGCCGCCCACAGCAUGUGUGUGCGGCUUGCCCGGGAUUGAUGCGGGCAAAAUCAGCGACAGGAUCUGCGGCGAGUUGGAGGGCGAACCCCGCAGUAGUGAAAAUUAUUUUGGUGAAUAUCUCUGUGCCGAAACGGACCACGCAGCACGCAGCGACAUACGCACACAUACAGAAAAUCAUACUGCCUUGCAAACCAAACGAAUAAUCAUACUGCCAUGCAAGUCAAACAGAUACAAGAUACCUACACGAACAGAGUGCAGUUGCUAAGUCCAGGAACGUCCCACUUUUAAGCCAUAAACCAAAUUAAUUGCCAUCCCGCUGAUACAGGUGCUAGCAGCCACGCCACAUUACCUUUUGUAACGACAUGAAAGUAAUGGCAAAACUACCGUUUAACGCAUCAAACUGGGAAACGAACAUCAAGACUCCUUCAACAUUUGACAUUUUGCCAACGGGUUAAAUAGUAUAGCUAUCAAAUCGAUGGUACCGGUCCCGUUGUACGAGAGGAUUUCGUCGUUUUGCCCGAUAUUAACAAUUCGCUUGUCCUUGUCUAUAUAAACACAAUAUAAAAACAA